AGUUUAUUCGCAACCAAGGUUUUAUUUAUUUUUAACCCUGCAAUUCGUCAUUCUCAUCUUCAAACCAUCAAAAUCAUUCCUUCCAGGUGUGCUACUGGCCAAGGUAGCAUUCUUUUGAUCAAUCUUUGAGAUGGAUACCAGUAAUGGAAAUAUAGUUACUGCAGAUAGUACGGAUGUCUGGACUGUAAAGAAAUUGCAGGACGAAUUACGAAAGCGAAAGUUGGCUACAGAUGGGACUCGUCACGAGCUUGUUAAGCGUCUAGAAAGCGCUACGCUGGAUGACACGCAGGAUCCACAACCAGGUUCUGUACCUCUUUCCCGUGUACGGUCAAAGCGCUCACAACGAUCAAAACAAGCCUCACGGGUUACUAUUUGGAACUCACCUGCUCUAAUUCUAACCCAUUUUAUACUGUAUCUGGGCGACGUCGUUGCAGAUACUGCAUGUAUGGUGGCAAACCACUUUCAUAUAUUUUUUACAGCUUUGGCGGUAGUUGGUCUUGGAUUCCUUGUUUAUACCUUGGAUGGGGAACAUCAAGAGAUGAUUGGAUACAUUGAGUCAUUGGCCGUAUGGUAUGGAUGGUGGAUUGGCUUAGGAAUUACUUCCUCAAUUGGACUUGGUACCGGUUUACAUACGUUUAUGUUAUUCCUUGCACCAUUUAUUGCCCAAGCUACUUUUGCUGCAUACAGCUGUCGCUCGUUGGAUUUUACUACUCGAGGUCCAAAUAGCUUCGUAUGUGAUCCAGUUUCUGAGUCCAGUGCAGACCCUAUCACUGUAUGGACAAUUGCUUCCAAAGUGCACAUGGAAUCACUUUUAUGGGGAUUGGGAACUGCCAUUGGAGAACUUCCUCCUUAUUUUGUAGCACGAGCAGCUGCUGUUGCUGGACAAAAUGAUCCCGAAUUUGCAUCGAUUGAGCGUAUUUUGGCAAAACCCAUUCAGUUGCGAAACUGGUCUGAACGGACCCAAAUUGUCAUGCACAGUAUUGUUACCAACAUGGGGUUUUUCGGUAUUCUACUCUGUGCAUCCGUUCCCAAUCCUUUAUUUGAUUUAGCAGGAAUCAUUUGUGGUCAUUUUGCGGUGCCAUUUAGCACUUUUUUUGGAGCAACUAUGAUAGGAAAAUCGUUUAUUAAAUCCAGUAUUCAAUCUUUUGCUGUUAUUGUGGUGUUUUCAGAGGAUGUCCAAAAAAGUCUUUUGGUUGCUCUACGAAAGCAUGCGCCGUAUCUGCAUGCACCGUUUAAAGACUUUUUUGAAAGUCAGGAGCGCAAGUUUCGCAAUCGUGGUGGCCAGCCCCCACAAAACGCGUCAAUCAUCUCGCUGUUAUGGAACGCAUUCAUGGUGUUUAUGAUUCUUUAUUUUGUUAUUUCAAUUGUGGAGUCACUUGCAUUGUCUAGCAUUGAACGUCGAAAGGCUGAACGGAUUACAAAAAAAGAGUAGAACAAUUGGAAUUGAACUUUUUCCUACAAUUUUAUAUACCUAUUUGG